UAUACGAGCGUCGCGGGUUCAUGGCGGGGCCGUCGUACGAAACAUGGCGUCCGCGAGGUUAUUGCUAUGAGUGCUGCUCCGUUUUCUAUUGUUAAAUGUGGCAUCGUCGCGCGACGUGCGGGCUGACGCGAAGCGUCGUGUCCUCGGGGCGGCGAGCGCGGCUGCUUGAACCCCCCGUGACCCAAGUCGGCCGACCGUAGGAACGACCCGGCGGCGAGAAAAACAGGCCUCGUCAACAGAAAGAGAGAGCAAGGGAGAGAGAGAGAGAGAGAGAGAGAGAGAGAGAGAGUGGGAGAGAAAGAGUGAGAGAGAGAGAGAGAGAGAGAGAGCGAGAGCGCGCGAGAGAGAGAGGGAAAGAGUGGGCUUGUAGGUAUACACACCCUGACGCGAGACCGUCGAGACUGGUAUUUCGGCAUAUCGCGGCCUCCUCCGCCUUCGCCGAAUUCCGCCCCGCGACCACGGACCAUCGAAGAUCGUCCUCGCGACAGGACGAACUAGGUCCGUGCGCGCCAUUCGCGGACACGCGCCUCAGAAUGCCGGUUUCCGUGAAAUUGUUUUCACGCACAGGGUGGUAAGAGGAGAGAGAGAGAGAGAGAGAGAGAGAGGGAGAAAGCGAGUCGAGACGUGAUCGCGUCCUCUCCUCCUGUUUGCUUCUUACCGUCGCGCAGGAAACCCGUCGCGUAUUCCCGGAACAUUGUAGCCGAUGGGAAACGUAUCAAUCACGCUAACGCGAUCCGAUUUCGCAUUCUCGUAGUACUUACAAGCGCCAAGCAGGGGGGGAGUGUAUCCGAUGUAAACCGCUUGCUCCAAGUCCCUGCCUUGUCCCACGGUGAUCCAGGAUGCGUCAGGACGACGACGCUUCUCGUUCCUGAUAUGUAUCGUCACUCGGCCGCGAUAAGAGACGAAACGUUAAAUCGCAACUUAGUGUUUUGCGUCGCGCGGUGUAACGCGGUAUCGGCGCGUGGAGUCGAGAGAAGAAGGAAAGAGUGUGAUUUACGCAGAAGAGAGGAGUAAGGAGAGUGUCGAGCCAUAUGCCGCCGGCCGGGCUAUCGGCGAGAGGCUUGUCUACCUUGAUGGACCACGGACAACCGGACGCUCGUCAUCGGAGCGAGCGUUACCUACUCUACCCAGAGAAUGGCUCCUCACAUCCUCAUAGUCCAAACACGGCCAACUCAUCACCGCGGUAUCAGCAUAACAGCAGAACCAAUAGUCAUAACGCUAGUUACAGUUACAUAUAUGGACAUACGUCCAGUAACAAUAUGUCUGACAGCAGCGUUUCUGAUACGCAUAGCGGUGGAACUGCGAGAACUGUCUCCCAACAGACUAGUCCAUCCCACGGUACACAUUCCUCUUCUCAGUCACGACAGGACAACAGCACUACUAUCUUCACAGCCCUCUUUGAUUACGUUGCUCAGGGUGAAGAUGAGUUAUCUCUUCAGAGAGGGGAGACUGUUGAGGUUUUGUCGAAGGACUCGAAAAUCUCAGGCGACGAAGGAUGGUGGACUGGAAAAGUUCACGGGAAAGUGGGAAUCUUUCCUGCGAACUUCGUCGCGGAGGCAGAGAGUAUCGAUCGAGUCUCGUCGGUGAUCGAUAAGGUGCAACCUAUCGAAAUCAAUUUCGAAGAGCUGCAACUGGAGGAAGUUAUAGGGGUCGGAGGAUUUGGGAAAGUGUACAGGGGCUUUUGGAAGGGCCGCGAGGUAGCCGUGAAGGCUGCGCGCCAAGACCCGGACGAAGAGCCCAGUGUAACGUUAGAAAAUGUACGGCAGGAAGCGAAAUUAUUCUGGUUAUUGAAACACGAAAAUAUUGUGCAAUUAGAAGGGGUGUGUAUAAAGAUGCCCAAUAUGUGUCUUGUGAUGGAGUACGCCCGCGGCGGCAGUCUUAACAGAGUCCUUAGUGGCAGGAAAAUAAGACCCGACGUAUUAGUCGAUUGGGCGAUACAGAUCGCGAGGGGAAUGGAUUACCUCCACAAUAAAGCUCCUAUAAGCCUUAUCCAUAGGGAUCUGAAAAGCUCCAAUGUGUUACUGAGCGAGCCGAUUGAAAACGACGAUCUGCAAUACAAAACCCUAAAGAUCACGGACUUUGGUUUAGCGAGAGAAGUCUACAAAACAACCCGCAUGUCAGCGGCGGGCACUUACGCCUGGAUGGCGCCGGAAGUGAUCAAGAAGAGCACCUUCAGCAAAGCCAGUGAUGUAUGGAGCUACGGUGUGCUGUUGUGGGAACUCCUGACGGGAGAGAUACCGUACAAAGGCAUCGAUACUUUGGCUAUAGCAUACGGCGUCGCUGUUAAUAAACUGACUCUACCUAUACCAUCAACUUGCCCUCAACCCUGGAGGUAUCUCAUGGAAGAAUGUUGGGCAUCGGACAGUCAUGCUCGACCUGGAUUCGCGGAGAUUUUAAUAGCUCUGGAGGAGGUGCGAGAUGCAUUCGCGGCAACGCCACACGAGUCUUUUCACACGAUGCAGGAAGAUUGGAGACUGGAGAUUGAGCAAGUUCUGCACGGGCUGCGCAUGAAGGAAAAGGAGCUGCGCUGUAGAGAGGAAGAACUGACGAAGGCACAGGUGCAACAGAGACAGCACGAAGAGAACUUGAGGCAGCGGGAGCAGGAGUUAGCUGCGCGCGAGAUAGAUCUCUUAGAAAGGGAACUCACCGUAAUGAUCAUUCAACAACAGAAUACGCCUACGCCGAACAAGAGACGUGGCAAAUUCAAGAAGUCGCGAUUGAAGUUAAACAAAAAGGAGCCUGGGAGCAACAUUAGUGCGCCAUCGGAUUUUCGUCAUACGAUCACCGUUCAGCACACGGCCUUGGAUCGAGGCAAGGUGAGAAACCCGUCGAGACCCAACAGCCCACCAGGCUCGCCCAGCAUUCCAAGACUCCGAGCAAUCGCAUUACCGGCGGACGGAGUAAAGGGUAAGACUUGGGGACCGUCGACGCUUCAUCAACGUGAACGCGGGGCUAUUAUCACCCAGCCGCCGAAUCCCGCCUCCCCUGGCGGCAAACGCUGGUCCCGUUCCGCGCCAGAUCUCGAAAAGACACCGCUGCGUACAGCCCUGUUGGCGAACGCGCACCGCUCCCCGCUUCUGCAGGAAAUAGGCCUCUCUGAGGAAAGCAUCUACCACACCCAUUAUACAGCAUUACCGCCCGACCUGUCGACCGACUGGAUAACGUCGGAUUAUCCGCUGAAGCCCGGUCUGACUGGGUCGUACAUCAUGCCGAUGGCCGUUCCUAUGCCCACCCUAUACAACGGCGAGACGAAGAAACCAAAGCUAAGCAUAAUAGAGCUGGUGCUAUACAACAUCGCGGCGAUGCUGGCCGGCGUGGCCACCGGCUACGACGUGAGAAUGUCGAACAUAUCCCCGAUUCACCCGCGACUGUAUCCCCGAGUGAGCGAGUGCGACGAGGAGCAGCCCAGGUGGUGGUUUCAAGCGGACACCGGCUCAAAUCGCAACUCUUAUCUCGGCGCUGAUUACGAGUUCAGCUCGAGCAGCGGCUAUCCGCACAACACUUAUCACGGACGGGCACACCAUUACAGGCCGUUCCUAAGUAACAUGGGUGGCAUAGCGCCUGGCCUUCCAGCGAUGCCGGACAAGCCGUUGCGCUUCACGGACUCCCCGCAGCACUACACCAGCAGCACGACCGGCUCCAACGCCCCGACGCCGAGCCCGAGGAGGAAGAGCAGCAGCACCAGCAACGAGGACGCGUACUCGCACGACGCAGCUCGCGUCGACCGGAUGGAGAGGGUGCCGACGAUAUACAUGGGCAACGUCGCCCCGUUUCCGGAUUACGGGCCACCGGUGUACACCGUCGUACCGCCGGAGUAUUAUCGUUCCCCCGAACCGCCGUAUUACGUACCUACGGAGUGUCACGACCGGAUGCUCGAGUGCCCCGAGUUUCCACACGCGUACGACAAUCCAAGUAGCAUGAACAGCCCGGCCAGACCGGUGUCCAGACUUCUGCCUUACACGCAUCACCGCACCUCGUCCAACGUCUCCAACGCCAGCACGUCGAGCCAGAGCAACGUGAACCCGACGUUUCGCCUGGAGGACGAGGAUGAUUACGGCGUGUACUCGCCCGUGCCGUAUUAUCAGCGACCGUCGAACGUAAUCUCCAACUUGGCGUCGACGUACGGCUCGAGUAUCCUGAAUCACGAAUAUGGCUCGCCGUUGCUGACCCGCCAGAAUUCUCACGAUUCCAGCAGCAACUCGGGCGAUAGGCCGAGUAACCUGGAGGUGAUCACGCGAUUGCGCUCGAGUCUGAAGCGCUCUAGUUACUCCUACAACUCGCCGAGCAAGAGCGUCAGCAAGAACAACUCGGGCUCGGGCACGCCGACGAACCCGACCCCGCCCGACUCGCUCACGUCCGAGGACUCGAGCUACGUUUCCGCCAAGGACAGCCAGAUCUCCAUUGGCCGGGUGCGUUUCUCGCCGGUGACCUUCGACCGCGACGGCGUGCCGCGCGACCACAGGGAGACGCUGCUGGACAUUCCGGUGCAUGGGCAGAGUCAGGACGUGACGGUGCCACUGCAAGCGAAUCGCCGGCUCAACCGAAGUAGGAAGCCGAGCAUCUCGGAGCUCGAGAGGGAGUUCUUGUCAUAGCACUGGCUUAUUUAAGACCGCGCGAAACUCACGUAGGACUGCACUGAGACAGAGCGUUCGUCGAAAUGUUCUCUCACUGUCGCUGAUCGAUGUCUCAUAGAGAACGUAGGACUAUCUCCUCUCGUGUCGCCGGUUAUGUCGGGUCGUGAAAGUCGCCCGUCGCGGUCAUCGUCGCUCCUAUAAUCGAGCCUCGAGGGCCCGCACUCGGUUCGUCGGCGGAACUAGAGAGUCGCGGAACGAUGUCGCAUGUUGUCGAAGCACUGCCUCUCGCGGAUGAUACUCAUCGGUAGAACAGCGGGUCGUAAUCUUACACUAAUUUAACUACUCCGGGAAACUGACGACAUUCCAUACAACGCCACGCGUACAAUCCGAGCGCGACUCGCUUCGUUGUAGAGCGUGCAACGUUGUAACGCGCGAUUAGGUGAUUUUUUAUUUCGUAACAUAGUGGUAUUUGAUAUGCGUGUCACGAUAUAUAUAUAUACAUACAUAUAUAUAUAUAUGUA